AUGUCUAGUAGAGUACUAAGCUGUGAUCGAAUCGAAGGAGUUGCAUCUGAAUCCGUGAAUGAUGAUAUAAGGAGAGGAAGGGAGAGCGGUGUUGUUGAGUUCUUGCUCUUCUUCUUCCAUGACCGCCCCCUCGUCCUCUUCCGUUUCACCAUCGACGACCGCUUACUCCUCCUCCUACUCACCACUCUCACCGUCGUAGCUCUUGUCUUCACCGGCGUUUGGCUUAACGUCCUCGUGAGUCGUGUUGGUGCUGCGGUGGUUGUUUUGAAUGAGGCGUUUCAGAGUAUUGAUGAUUUGUAUUUAGAUGAAGAAGAGAUCUUUGAUGGUGAUUUGCUUUCAGUUGUUGGUGGUAGCUUCGAUACCAAACGUUGUUCAGCGACGGUGAAGGAGAGUCACAAUCUGGGUCAGCGCUUAUUGUUUCAAAACUGUGUCUUGGUGCGAGGAUAUGAGGUUCUAUGUGAGAGGAUGAGAAGUCACGAUCUGGGUCAGCGCUUGUUCUUCUUGAGGUUGUUGUUGAGGAUGAGAAGUCUGUUAAGGUUGUGGUUGUUGAUGUGAGUGAUGUUGUUCAUGUUCUUAUUGGGUUUUUUUUUAUCUCAUUUUUUAGGAAAAAAAAUUCUGAGUUUUAUUAAUGUUGGUGAAGAUGAUGAUUGAUGAAGAAGUUUGAAUUUUUCUGGAU